CAACUGACCAAUAAGAGAUAAACCAGAAUGUAUUACACGAGAUGUCUGGUGGUGACGUCAUUCUUCAAGUUUUAUUUAUAAACUCUUGAACGUUUCUCGCACUUUGAUCUUACCUGCUACUUGGACAACACGAAGCUGCAGCAUCGUCAUCGCCGUUACGCAUUUAGAAGCUGUUAAGAGAGAAACAAGAUGAGUUUACAGUGGACAUUGAUUGCCUCCUUCCUUUACGCAGAGAUUUUUGUUGUACUCUUAUUAGUAUUACCAGUAGCUUCACCAACAAGAUGGCAAAAAUUAUUCAGAUCAAGAUUCCUGCAGAGCCUGAGUAAUCAGGCAUCAGUGUAUUUCUUGGUACUCUUGGCUAUUUUGGUACUAUUCUUGUUAGAUGCUAUAAGGGAGAUGCGCAAGUAUUCCAGUACUGAAAAUUCUCAUGAACACGCUCACCUGGAUGCUGAAAUGCAAGGCAGUAUGCGCUUGUUCCGAGCACAAAGGAACUUCUACAUCUCUGGUUUUGCUCUCUUCCUAAGUUUGGUCAUACGACGUCUUGUUACUCUCAUUUCAACACAAGCAACUCUGUUGGCUCAAAGUGAGGCUGCUAUGCGUCAAGCUCAGUCUGCAACAACUACUGCACGAAGUCUUCUUUCUCAAACGAAUUUGGGUGAAAGUGCCCAAAAUGAUUCCAACGAGGCUCAUGAUAAGGCUGUAUCCGAAUUGAAAAACCAGAUUGAAGAGCAAGAAUUAAAAAUAAAAGAACUGCAAAAUGAAUUGGCAAUCGAAAAGAAAGACAAGGAGGCCAUUAAAUCGCAGGCAAUGUCUGUAACUAAGGAAUAUGAUCGCAUGAGUGAAGAGUUCUCAAAGUUACAAAAGGCUGAGGGUGGCGACAAGAAAAGCGACUAAACUUUUUCAGCUUUGUUAUCGUUUGCACUAUAUGUCAAGUAUUUCCCUUGCAGUUUUUACAUGAAAGAAAGGUUUUGGCUAUUUUAUGUUACUAAGAAGUUUUCACGUUGUAUAGUUUUGUUACCAAUGGUUUAAGUUAGUGAUCAUGUUGCAUUAAUGUCCAGGACUAGGUAAUUGUAUAUAAUUAUUGUUCGAAUUAUUAAACGCGUUGAUAUGAUAAAAUACAUUGUUACCUAGUGCCUCUUACGACGCAUUUCAGUGACUCAUUAAACAAUAAUCCAGAUUUUUUCUAAGAAUUGUAUCUAUUAACUUCAUAUUUAAUCGAAUGGCAUGUCGAAUACGCAAAUAAAAUCAUUUAUUUUUUCCCUAA